CUCGUCGCACGACUCCAUCCGGGACAUUCAGCUGCUUCACAUGUCAGUUGGUUCAGCUGUCAAGACUUUCCUGCACAUAAAGAAGAAGCUCCGGCAGCUGCUCUGGUUUUAAACACUUAUUUUGCGAGAAGACAUGGCGCUGAUGGGAGUUCAGCUGGUGGUCAGCUUGCUGGCUGCCAGCAUUAUGCAGAGGAUGGCUCCGCAUUGCUCCUUUGCACGCUGGCUCCUAUGCAACGGCAGUUUGUUCCGAUUCAAACACCCUUCAGAAGGAGAGCUGUGUGCGCUGGCUGGAAAGCAGAUGCCCAAAUUAAACAGAAGAGACAGGAGACAGAAUGGAGAGAGCAAGCCUCUGACUGUACCCAAAGACAUUGACCUUCACCUGGAGAAAGCUCCAGUCAACGUAAUGGACGCUCUCGUGCUGCGGUUUUUCCUGGAGUACCAGUGGCUUAUAGAUUUUGCUGUUUAUGCAAUGGGUGUCUUCCUGUUCACUGAGUGUUACUACAGCGUGGUAGAUGCCAGCAAAGAGGUCAAUAUUGGAGCCAUCUGGUGUGUUCUAACUGUGCUUUUCAGUCUAAAGACCCUUCACACUCUGAUGAGCCACUAUUUCCGCUCUGAAGAGGGCGGCGAGCGCUCAGUUUGCCUUGCCUUUGGUUUUCUGUCUCUGCUCGUGGCCAUGCUGGUGCUGGUGGUCAGAGAGGACUACCUGGAGUUUGGCUUAGAGUCUGGAUUUUCCAGCCUGUUUGACAACUUGGAAGUUUUUGCCAAGCAGCAGGGCUACGCUGACUGGUCAAUCCCAAUGACGAAGCUGACGUUAAAGCUCGGUCUGGCUGCUGUCUGCGCUUACAUCGGUGCUCUCCUUGCUUUCCCCGGACUGCGUCUGGCUCAGACUCAUCUAGACGCUGUACAGAUGAACUCAGACCGCCCACUCAUCCAGAUUUUGCUGCACAUGAGUUUCCUGUCUCCAAUCAUUGUGUUGAUUCUGUGGGUGAAACCUAUUGCAAGAGACUUCCUGGCCAGUGCACCUCUGGGAAAGACUUCUGUCACAAUAGUGUCCAGUGCAGCGUUUGACAGCAUACGUCUGUGGAUCAUCGUGGUUCUGUGUGUUCUGCGGCUGGUGCUGACCCGCUACCACCUGCAGGCCUACCUGAACCUGGCUCAGAAGUGGGUGGAGCAGAUGAAGAGGGAGGCAGGACGUAUAGCAGCAAUCGACAUCCAAAGGAAGGUGACACGCGUGUUUUGCUACCUGACAGUAGUUACUCUUCAGUAUCUGGUCCCUGUUCUUCUAAUUCUGUUCUCCACACUGGCACUCAAAGCACUUGGGGACUUCUCCUGGGCUAACAGUGCUGAGGAGACCCCUGGGGUGACACCAGCGCUAGUGAUCCCCACAGCAGCUCCUGUCCUGCCUGGUAUCCUUGAUGACGAUGAAGACGUAAUGGAGGACAUGGAGGAGGACAUCCAGGCCACAGUAGCUCGUCUGUCAGAGACCUUCGCAGCGCUCCGGUCCGUCCUCACUCCCCUUUUCUUCCGAGGUUUCUUCGCCUUCCUCACCUGGUGGGUGGCUGCCUGCCAGGUCAUCAGCUCUCUGUUCGGCAUCUACUUCCACCAGUACCUCAUGCAGAACUAAUAACGAAGUGCCGUACUUCUCUACAUGCAAUGCAACUGCAGCUCUCCACUAACAUUAUGCUGUCGCUAAGGACCCUGCAGACAGCAACAGGGAUAUUUCAUUAAAACACACAACUACAGACAGGUUUCUGGCUGCAACAGGAAUUCCGAUCAUGUUGGACUCAGUCUGUUGGCGGCCUUGUUGUCGACUUUUGAGACCAGCAGGUUACUGGUGUCAAUGACACAACUAUUAAGAGAGAACUGGGGCCUGUAUCACAAAGCAGCUUCAACUUAGUUUGACUCACUCUAUUUUAGGUAUAUUUAAAGAGGUUUGGACUGGCAAUCUUGAUUAACCUGUAGCACUAAUCUACUUCUCAAGAAACAUAGUUGAUAUUUAGCUCGUUAGCAUAUGCUGCAUUUACGGUCCCUUUCAAUGCCUCAUAUUCUGUGCAAAAAUACGAACGUACACAAACUAGAACAUGCUGGAAUAAUGUUCAUUCUGAGCCACUUCUUUGUUUUCUGUUUAUAGUGCCAAUACCAUAUUUUGAACAUCAUUUUUUUUCAACAUACAAAUAAGUGGGUUCAAAGGAUACUGUAUUUUGACAGAAUUUUACACAAGCUGUAAUUGAUUAGUAUCACUGACUCUACCUUUAAAAGUGAGUCUGCUAAUCCAAGCACAUUCAUGUUCACUUUCAUCAUCAAAACAACUGUGAUUGGAAUAUUUAAUAUGACACACCCCAGAGCAUAAUUAAACGGUUAAAUAAGAAGCUGUGUAAAUAGGAGAAAUGAAGGCACUAGAUGAGUGUAGGAGUUAUAACAUAGACCCUCCUUUAAGUAAAGCAUUUCAAACAUACUCAAGAGUCUAAAAAAAGUGACAUUUUGUUGCCUGUUAGUCUAAUUUUAAUCGAACCACGCAGUUUAUGAAAGUACAGAUAUAGAACAAAAAUCGAACAAAAUAAGUCCCGUAUUGAGUCUGUCUGGCCAAAAGUAUGUUGCAUUUAUCAUUUACUUAGCUAAUACUUUACUUCCACUCUGAUAAAUAGUGAUUACAACAACGCACUCAGUUAAUAUGGAGCAAUAAUAGUCAUUAAUUAGAUGGCAAAAUGGUGAUCUGUUUGUGGAAAGUCUUGUUUUAAACACAGUGGGGCUGCAAUUAAUGAAUAUUGUCAUUGUCUGUUAAUCUGUUGGUUAUUUUCUUGAUUAAUUCUUUCGCCUCUAAAUUGUCAGAAAACUGUGAAAAAUUGUUUCCUAAAGCCUAAGAUGAUGUCAUCAGAUGUCUGUUUUAGUACAUAACCCCAAAGAUAUUCAGCUUACUCUCACAAAACAGCUAAAAACUCAUAAUAAUCUAUUUUAACAUUCUGGAAUCAGAGAUUUAAACUGAUUAAUUGCUCAUCAAAAGACUUGAUGAUUCAUUUAAUAGCUGACAACUAAUUGCAGACUGGGACGCUUCCUUUGAUCAAAGUAAGCAAUGUGAUUUAACUUUUAUAUGAAAUCUUUCUUUUUUGACUUCAUUGUGAGCUCAGAACAUGCCAAGAUCCUAUAGAAGUCAUGACAGUUUUCCAGUGUUUUUUUUUUUUUCCUUUUCUGUUGGAAAACAGAAUUGUAUGAUGUCGUUUCAUGGUAACUUAGCUAGGUCAGCUUCUUGAUAUCAUAAAACCUGAAACAUCCCACUGAUCUCUCUUUGUGAUACAGGCCUCAGUGUCAUCUUCCAGCUACUUUUGCAGAACAUUUCUCUGCAACUUUUCACAUGUAUCUAUGCCAGUGUUCCCUGAAUUGUUCUCAAUAGAACUCUGUUAAAUGCUGCAUUUGAGAUAUUUAAUGGUACCAGGGCGGGUAUUCGUACUAGAGACUGAGUAAUGAGACAAUGUAUUUUUGUGAGGGGCCUUUUGUGGCCCUUAAAGAACCGAUUCAAGAGUGCUAAAUGUUUUAUUUCUUGUCUUUUCAGCUAUUUUUCUUUCUUAUUCUGCAGUGACGUAGUAGAGCUCAGAUCGUGUAACGCAGGUGAUGGAGAAUGAAUGCAGUUGUGGUUGUGUGUUAGUGUCUGAAAGCCAAACGCUUAAGAGCUUCUGCUUUUUUUUUUUCUUUUUUUUUAUCCGAAGUGCCUGGGAGCUCAGGAAUUUUUAGUCUGUUUUAAAGUCUCCCUCCUCCCUGUUCAUGCGUAUUUAGAACAAAUAGAAUCUAAUAUGUUAAAAUUAACACUCCAAACACAUUUCUGUUGUCUUCAAACACUACUCAUUAGCAACGUUUUAAGUUGCAGUGUCUUAAUUAGCUUCAUCAGCUUUUAGUUUCUGCUUUUUUUUUUUUUUACAUAUAUAGUCUUUUAGCCACGCACAUCAGCUUAAUCACAGCCUUCCUUCAAUCCGUCCUAGUCACUGUUUUAUUUAUUUAUUUAUGAUGCAUCGCCUCAAAUAACUUUUGUCAUCCGGAAAUGAUACAGAUUCUGUAAUUCUGUACAUUUCUUGUAUUCUGUGUAUUUUUUUUUAGAUAGCGUAUUGAAAUCGGAUGUUCUGAAAUCAUUUUACUGUGAAGUUCAUAUGGAAAUUUUUUGAGAUUUUUCUGAAUGCAUGGUGUGCAAUUUUUUUUUGUGUUGUAACCCAAUUGCUUUUAUUAUUAUUUUCUGUGUGUGUGUGCGACUUAAUUAAAUCAUCUCCUUUUUUU